UAGUAUGGAAGAUAAGGUCGCCUUGGUAACAGGCUCCACCUCUGGAGUAGGAUUGGCAGUUGUCAAAACAUUGGUAACCAAGGGCUGUUCGGUUGUUGUGACAGGUCUGGGCCAGGACUCUACCAUUACUAAUAUUGUGGCAGAAUUAAACAUCCUUAAAUGUCAUCCAAACCAGUCAGUUCAGUUUGUACCGGUUAAUCUGUUAAGGCCGGAGGAAAUCCACAACUUUGUUGAUCAGGUCUUUGGUCUCUUUCCAGCGGGUGUUGAUAUCCUUGUGAACAAUGCUGGAAUACAACAUGUGGAAUCACUGGAGAGAUUUCAUUGGUCAAAAUGGGAGGAGAUGCUUGCCCUUCAUCUCUCAGCUCCAUUCCUACUGAUCCAGAGAUUUCUACCCAAGAUGAAGGAGAAAGGUUGGGGUCGAAUUAUCAACAUUGGAUCAGUUCAUAGUAUUAUUGGAGCAGCUAACAAAGUAGCUUACACAACAACAAAACAUGGUCUUCUGGGUUUGACAAAGGCUGUAGCAUUGGAUGCUGCAGAAUUUGGAGUGACGUGUAAUGCAGUCUGUCCAGGGUUGAUAAACUCACCAAUGGCCACACAGACAAUACAAGUAGAUGCAGAAGAGAAAGGGAUACCUUAUGAGGAAGCCAAGGUAAUGCUUAAGUUUGUUCACCGUAUUCUUCAGUCAACACACGAGGACAUGUAUGUGAAGGCAAGACAUCCAACAGGGAAGUUAGUGGAAGUUGACCAGAUAGCUGAUACAGUUGUGUUUCUGUGUACAUCUGCUGGGGACAACAUGACUGGAUCUACCCUCAUGAUGGAUGGAGGUUAUACUGCCAGAUGAACACCGUGAACACAGGAGCUGUUCAUGGAACAUUUUGUGGUGUGAAUUUGGACAGGCUUUUGUAUAAAGGACAAUAGUUAUUUAUAGGAAAGGCAGUAGUUCAACUUGUGAAAUUACUUCUCUGUCCAUUGUGACGUUUAUACUGUUGGAUAUUGGCCAUGGAAUCAUGAAGACGUUGAAUAUAUUUGUUGUUAAAUAAAUGAAAAAUUAAAUUAUAGGUAUCGAUCUUGCGGUUAGUCAGCAGUUCAACAACGACGUUCGGUGAGCUAAGUGAAACAGCAGUGGAGAGUUUGACAUUCUGGGCCGGCCUGGUAGGCAUUGGGGGUGAAGUACUACUGCAGCUGGAAUGGACCCAGAGGCGCACUUAGAGU